AUAUGUCGAAAAUGACCAACGUAAAUUCAAGUUUGGCUUACGAAAUAUUGUUGUACUUGAAUAAUUUCUAUUUAGGCAUGUUUUUCGUGUGUGAAGUGGCCAUUGGGAUUUUGAAAGCGAUAAAUGUGUCGUACCCGGAGAACGCAUUGCUAACUGAAACUGGUAUUUUCGGCGCCUUAUGUGUUAUCGAGGCUUUUCGCAUAUUUUUAGGACAGAGAGGAAACUUGUCUAGUAAAAAGGUUCCUGUGUUCUUUUCAGUCCUACUCACAAUACCCUCAGCAGUAGGUGUCUGCUACUUCCUCAUCUACCAAACCUACAUUAUAAGGUUGGAAUACAUCUGGUGCGCCGUAAUGCUCAUGUUCCACGCCCUGGAGAUGGCCUUCGCUAUUCUCUUCAUGUUCACUGUGUGCAAAAACCAGCAGUAUGAUUAGAAUAAGUUUCAAAGUACCUCAGUGCCAAAGAGAUACUAAAUAAUGCCAAAAGCUGACUGAAAAACUAUAACAUUCCAAUUUUAAAGCAGU